AUGGCUGGAGGAGGUGGCUGGGCAGAGGGAGAGGGCUCUCAACAAACUGUGAAGAGCAUAAGGUCAAAGGUCACCCCAGAGAGAGUGGCCCUGCUGGUUCUCAGUGCUCUUCUGGCUGCUGCUGUUGUUGUCCUCUGUGUUACCAGUGAUUCAUGUUAUAAAUGUGAAGAAGGCUGGGAGCAACAUGGAGGAAAGUGUUAUUACUUCUCGACCAGUAAAUCAUCCUGGAAUGAGAGCAGAGAUGACUGUAGAGCUAAAGGAGGAGACCUGGUUAAGAUAGACAGCAGAGAGGAGCAGGAAUUCCUGUGGAAAAAAGUGAGAGGCAUAAUGAAGGAUCAUGAAGACAAGUUCUGGAUCGGACUGACAGACUCAGCAGAGCAGGGCAGAUGGUUGUGGGUGGACGGAUCACCACUGAACGAAAGUUUAUCUUAUUGGAACUACAAUGAGCCGGACAACUGGCCCGAGGACGACUGUGUACUGAUGGGUGAAAAAAGUCAUGGUUACCAGAAGAGUUGGUCUGAUAUAUCCUGCAAAGUGCCUCGCAGAAGUAUUUGUGAGAAUCCAGCAGCAAAAGGACAGCAUAAAACUGUAUGCGUCUGA